AUGAGGCUUAUUCUUUUAAUAAUCUGUGUUUGUAUCUCUUAUUCUUUUGCGGAUCGCACACCCUGGUCCGAUGACCUAGAACAUACUUUGGCAAUCGGACUGGAGAACACUGCUUCUAACGAUCUACCUCCCCUUCGUUAUAUGCCUACGACGAAUAGUUACUUUUGGGAUACCGAUGUAAAGUGGAGCGACAUGAAAGACUUUGUGAAGCUCGUUUCAUCAUCUUAUACCAAUAGCAUGACCUUAGAAGAGGCAGACUUCACCAACAUUGUACUUGAUGCCAUUGAUCCUUUGAAAAGCAGAGCAUACAAAAAUAUUCACAAGAAUGGCGUAUCUCAUAAUAAACUAAAUACAGGGAAUGAAAGUACUUCGAUUAUCAACCUUAUAUCUGACACUUUACUUGGUGGCACCAAUCUGUUAUUAUCCCGACUACCCUUCUCAAAGAAAUGGAGUAAACGCAAUACGACUACCCCAUCAAAUCCUAUUUUUGAAUGUUCUAUCGAUUCAUUUAACAAAUUAAGUGUGGGCUGGUGGGUAUCUUGGUUUCAAGCAAAAGAUACGGCUGAUACUAAUAGUGUUUAUAUCGUAGCUGUUUCACCACGAAAAACUCAGCAAACGUCUAUGAAAGAAACCACCAUUGCUUUCUCAAAAGAAAUAAAGGAAUGGAUUAUGGAUCAGGCGCACAAAGAAAGUUCAGCAUCAUGGUGUAGUAAGAAUCAACCUGAUCAAGAAUGGCAAGCUGAUUUCCGUUUUUUGAAAUGGAAUGAUAUGUACUUUUUUCAACAAAAUAUAUGGGAUAUACCAUGUGAAUCUGUUUAA